GCGAGCAGCUCUGGUCGAAGAAUUUCCAGGCCUGCAGCGUCGACAAACGUGACAACCCCACCAACAAAUCAGAUCGAUCACAAUGCCUCACAAACCGCCAACAAAAGAGGAGCUCGAGGAGCGGAAGAUCGUCGGCAUUAAGGAUGAGACCAUCACCCAUGUAUCGUCAAGCGAUUUUCCCGGGCACUACCCGGGCGAGGACCACAGCUGGGACAUCGAGUCCUUCAGGCGAGGGUUCAGCGUCGAAUUCCACCAGAAUGAUCCCUUUGAGGCCUCGUUUUCCCUCAUUGGCAUCGACGCCUCCAUCGCCAACGCCUUCCGGCGCAUCAUGAUCGCCGACAUCCCGACUCUCGCGAUUGAGACGGUAUUCAUCAACAACAACACCUCCGUCAUUCAAGACGAAGUUCUCUCCCACCGGCUUGGCUUGAUCCCCUUCAAGGGCGGCCACGAGGGGCUGCACAACUUUUUGAAAUGGUGGCGAAAACCGACCGACGAAUCCGAGAUCAACAAUAGCUACUACGACAACAACACCGUCUCGCUCCGCCUCGAAAUCCAAUGCGAGCACAACGAGAAAGCCGCGGCGGGCGAGACAGAUCCCACCAAGCUCUACAAGCACGCCCAUGUCUACGCGCGCGACAUCGAGUUCUGCCCUGUCGGCCGCCAGGACAAGUACUUCUCGGGUGCCGACACCAUCGCACCCGUCAAUCCGGAUAUCCUGAUCGCCAAGCUGCGCCCAGGGCAGGAGAUCUCGCUCUCGAUGCACAUGCACAAAGGCGUCGGGUCAGACCACUCCAAGUUCUCGCCCGUUGCCACCGCAUCGUACCGGCUGAUGCCCGUAAUCAAGAUCGAACGGCCCAUCCUCGGGCGAGACGCCGAGAAGUUCAUGCGAUGCUUCCCCCAGGGCGUCAUCAAACUCGAGAAGGUGACGAAGAAGGAGGCGGCGAAGAAGGGGAGCGGGUACGAAGGCCACGAAGGCGAGGACAAGGCCGUGGUGGCGGACCCGAUGCGGGAUACCGUCAGCAGGGAGUGCCUACGACACGAGGAGUUCAAGGGCAAGGUGAAGCUCGGCCGCAGGAGGGAUCACUUCAUCUACCUGGUCGAGAGCACCGGACAGUGGGAGAGCGAUGCCAUCUUCUUGGAGUCGGUCGCACAUCUGAAGAAGCGGGCGCAGGAUCUGGAGAAGCAAGUCCAAAACAUGGUCAGAUAGAAAAAGGAUGUGGCGGACCGGUAUUUGUGGGUAUAUACCCCUUUCUCUGUGCAUCUUAAACAUGGGUAUGGCGUCAAGGGGGUUGUAAAAAGGGAGGGUUGGCCACCGGUGUUUCUCUGCCUUUUUACGUAGACAGGUCAAUCAGGGU